AUGGAGCUCUGUACAGGCGGCGAGUUAUUCGAUCGUAUAAUAGCAAGAGGACACUAUAGCGAGCGCGCAGCAGCGGAAGUCCUCCGUGUGAUUGUAUCGGUGGUGAGGUACUGCCACGCCAACUACGUGAUUCACAGGGACUUAAAGCCCGAGAACUUUCUUGUAUCGAGCGACGAGGAGGGCGCGCCGCUUAAAGCCGUCGACUUUGGUCUUUCCGCCUUCUAUCGUCCAGCCCAUCCGCUGCACACAGUAGCGGGCAGCGCGUUCUACAUGGCGCCAGAGGUCAUCCGAGGCAGCUACAGCCCGGAGGCGGACCUGUGGAGCGUGGGGGUUGUGCUCUAUAUCCUUCUCUCGGGAUCUCCGCCCUUCUGGGCAGAGACAAACGAGGGGAUAUUUGAGGAGAUCUUGUGGGGCCACGUGGACCAAUCAGAGGAGCCGUGGCCGCAGGUGUCGUCGGAGGCGAAGCAGCUGGUGCUGAGUCUGCUGCAGCAGCAGCCAGAGAGGCGGCCCACUGCAGCACAGCUCAUGGAGCAUCCGUGGGUGAGGGAGGGAGGAGUAGCAACAGACACCCCUCUGGCUCCAGCCGUUGUCACUCGGUUGAAGCGUUUCUCAGCCAUGAACCGACUCAAGCGCCUCACUCUUAAACUCAUCGCUUCGCACGUGUCUGACGCUGAGGCCAUGGGGUUGAGGGAGAUGUUUAAAGCCAUGGAUGGGGAUGCCAGUGGGACGAUUUCCUUGGCUGAGCUCAGGGAUGGGGUUGAGAGGCUCGGAGAUACCGUGCCUAAGGAGCAGCUUCGGCAAAUGAUGGCAGCGGCUGACGUGGACAGCAGUGGCAGCAUUGACUAUAACGAGUUUGUGGCAGCUACCAUGCGAGUCAGCAGGGAGACCAGGGAGGCUCACCUGCAGCAGGCUUUUGCCCACUUUGACACCGAUAGCAACGGAUUCAUUACAGGGGAUGAGUUGCGCAGUGCACUGCAGAGCGAAGCUGGGAGUGCUGGGGUUGGGGAGGAGGAGAUAAAGAGAAUCUUUGCUGACGUGGACGCUGAUCAGGUAAUGCAGGAGGAGAUAAAGAGAAUCUUUGCUGACGUGGACGCUGAUCAGGUAGUGCAGGAGGGGGUGAGUGAUAAGGCGAAAGGCAGUGAGUGGUAA